GUUGGGUCCGAACUACGGUGGCCGCGCCGUGCGGAGUCGACCGGGCUAGGCGGCGGGGCGCGGGCCGGGCCGCGCCGGCCGCCAUGGGCAACCUGUUCGGCCGUAAGAAGCAGCAGAGCCGGGUCACGGAGCAGGACAAGGCCAUCCUGCAACUGAAGCAGCAGCGGGAUAAGCUGAAGCAGUACCAGAAGAGGAUCACCCAGCAGCUGGAGCGGGAGCGGGAGAUUGCCCGGCAGCUCCUGCGCGACGGCAGGAAGGAACGGGCCAAGCUGCUGCUCAAGAAGAAGCGAUACCGGGAGCAGCUCCUGGACAAGACAGAAAACCAGAUCACCAGCCUAGAGACCAUGGUCCAGAGUAUUGAGUUCACCCAGAUUGAAAUGAAGGUGAUCGAGGGGCUGCAGUUUGGAAAUGAGUGUCUGAAUAAGAUGCACCAGGUGAUGUCCAUAGAAGAGGUGGAGCGGAUACUGGACGAGACGCAGGAGGCCGUGGAGUACCAGCGGCAAAUAGAUGAGCUGUUGGCAGGAAGCUUCACUCAGGAGGACGAAGAUGCCAUCCUGGAGGAGCUGGACGCAAUCACUCAGGAACAGAUAGAGCUGCCAGAGGUUCCUUCAGAGCCCCUUCCUGAAAAGAUCCCAGAGAAAGUCCCCGUCAAGGCCAGGCCCCGACAGGCGGAAGUGGUGGCAGCCUCGUAACUUGUGUGGGAGUCACGGGGAUUCCAGAGGCCUGGGGCCCACAGAGUUUGGGUGCGUGUCCGGCCCUGACCGGGCUCCCAGGAGGCUGGCGCCGGGCCAGGUGGGCCGGGAGCUGCCGGAGCAGCACAGCACACACAGGGCUCCUGACCAGGGUGACUCUACGGAGCGUUUCCCUGGCGCUGCUGUCUUGCUGUCGUUUCUGGAUUAAAUGGCAACAUUCAAACUCUCCAGCCAAACACAGCUUCUGCAGCUGUGGUUCACACGGGCCACGGCCAGGCCCAACGCUCCUGGUGCCGGUCACACCUCCCGUCCCGGGUCGCGCGGCUCCACGGGCCAGUGUCUCCGCCACCCUGUCUUCGGUGGAAGGCACAUCAGACCUGGCCUCCCCACCCUUCCCUUUCCCUUCUUCCUGCUGCUCCCAUUAGCUGGCAGGGCUUUGGUUAAGGGGUCCCUGCCUUGGCCUGGCUCCCGGACGUGCCCAGUUUCCAUGUAGACCUGGGGGUGGUAACCUCUCUGCUUCCACGUCGGCGUCUGUGGGUGGUGGACCAGGAGGGGUGCAUCCCUGAUGGAUUUUGAUGACUCUAGGAGGUCUGCCCACCCCAUCACUCCUGGGGCCGUACAGAGGCCCAGUCCUGCUGACAGACAUUCCAGCAUAGCCGGCAGGUGUGGCUGCGGGUCCCCGAGCUGCCAGCUUCGAGCUGUUUGCAGCCAAGUGGAGACAGUGAAGGAUGGAAGUGAGUUCCCUAGUUCACGGUUCGUUUUGGAAUUAGACAAUCUCCCUGAGACUUCACUCCCAACAAGAAGACAAAGGGGACCCUCUUAGCCCCGAGACAGGCCAGCCCCAUAUUAAAGUUGACACCCACACAGCCUGCUGCCUUGUGGACUGGGGUCCGUGGAAGGGUGGGUUGGUGUGGCUCCUCACUCAGGUCCCUGGAACACAGUCCCUUGACCCUCCUUGGCACCUGGCUGGUCAGUGCCACACAGGGGCUGGGGCCUCAGGAGCCAGUGAGGUUCUAGCCCUGCCCGGCUGUGGGUGGAAGGCAGUCACCUGUGGGCACCUGCCCGCAGCAGGUGCAGGGCGGUACUCUGGCCCCACCUCCCUUAGAAGGGGUGCUGGUGGUUUCUCCCUUUUCAAGCGGUUUUGUGUGACUCCCGCGGCUGGUGGCUGGGAGGACGUGCAGUUUGGUGCCUCUGGGGUGUGGGGGUCUGGUUUGGAGUCCUGAUGUCUAGGUAGGAAGCCAGAUGCCCCAGGGAGCGAGCAGGCAACAGCAAGGACAGAGAAGUGGGUGUCCCACCUAAGGGGAGGCCUCCACACCUUCCACCCAGAGGGUAUGGUGGGAUGUGGCCAAGUUGCCAGGUCUGGAGUUCUUCAAGAGGAGCUAGAAA